AUGGAGAAGGGGCCUUCAGAAUCUUGCUGCUUGGACAACAGAAAGAGGAAGAAGCUCCGCUCAUGGCUCAAAAGAUCAGGGAAGAAGAACAAAAAUCGGGGGCUUCGCUUGCCUGGAUUGAACAAAUGCUACAUUAGUGAAGAUGAAACGACCAAAGCUUUCCAUCAAUUUUAUCCGGUUCCUGCUCCUUAUUUGACUAUUCAUCCUGAUGCUGCUGUCUCAGGCAUAGCUUCAGAUGACAUUUUAAAUCAGAAUCAAAGGCUAGACAAUAAUGCUUGCAGUAUUCCUUCCGGUGUAAAGACAAAGAAUGGAUUGCUGGAUGCAUCGAACUUGCCCAAUAGUUCAUCUUUAAGUUGCUCGACAAGUUCUGGGAAAAAAUUGAAAGCAUCUUCUGAUAACAGAGCCUUAAAUGAUGUGGUACGCAAUUCUCUGGAUAAGGACUCAUCCUUGAAACAUGGAAUACGACAGACAAGCAGAUCAGCUGAGCUCUUCAUGGAAAAGCAAAAUCAUAAAGUUGAAGAGAAACCUUUUAAAAUUCCGGCAUCUUGUCCAAAUGAAGGUGAUUUAUUUGGAAAAGGUUGUAAAAACUCGAAGGUAAAGAGCAGGAAACAAGUUGAUCUUGGUCAUAGAUCGUCUAAGAAAAUUAAGAGGGAUGCCUUACACUAUUCUGAAAAAAAUGUGCAUGCUAAAGAGGAAAGUGCAGGCAAAAUGGCUAUCAAUGGAGAUUAUGGCUUGCCGCCUAGAGCUUCUAGAAAGGUUUUGCAAAAUGACUCUGAUCAUUUUUCUUCUGAGGAUUUCAACUCUAAGUUUGCACCUUCUAAAAGUCCAAAGAAAUCCAUUGGAGCCUUGUCCUAUGGUGAGCACAAAGAACAUUUUACUGCUUCAAGAACAGAAAAAAAUUGUAAAUAUGAUUCUAAUGACGAAAAGCGGGGAAUAAAGGAAAACUCAAUGGUCAGUCAACAGCUUGUGGAAAAUAGGCCCAUGAUCAAAGAUUCCUCCGGUGAAAGUGAACAGAGAAGGCAAAAAAAAGGUAAGUUAGCAAAUUCUAUGGGACAAGAUUUCAGUGCUGUUAUUGUAGAUGGGAAAAUGGGCAAAAAAGGCUCAUUCACAAAAAUCAAAUUGCCUAGUUGUGAGAAAUAUCAGCCCGACAAGGUUGUUGAAGCCACCAUAGAUGCUUUUGAAUGUGUGGAUGGCAUGAAUAAGGAUCUGACCAAUGUGCAGCUUGCCACGACGGCUCUUCCAAGCUCUUCCAAGCUAUUAGGAUCUCAUAGAAGUAAAGUAAAUUUACAUGAAGCAAGGGAAUCGCCAGUAGAAUCUGUUUCAUCAUCACCAAUAAGACUAUUAAACACUAAGAAUAAUUCUAAGAAAGUAAGAUUGUCAACGAAGGAUGAUAUCUUAAGUACAGGUCCUUCAAUGAAGUGCAGCCCAAAAAAUAAUUUUUUGGGUGAUGUCGAUGCUAUUGAUCAAACAGGGACAAUGACUAAGGAUCAAGCAUCUAAGUCCCAUCUGAUAAUUUCAAAAAAUUCUAAAGCCGCAAAGCCUAAGGCAUCUUCAAACCACUUGAGUCAAAUAGUGGAUAGAUCAGAAGGGCGUUCAGGAAAAAUGGCUCAAACAUGCCAUACUGUUACGGGUCAACAUGAAAAAAGUGGCUGGGGCACCCAAACCGUUCAUAGGUCCAUGAAGGAAGGAAAUUCAGAGCAAUACCAUGCUGAUGCUGUAAAUAGCGGGGCAUCAAAUUCAACCAAAAAUUUAAGAAAGUCUGAUUGCUUGGAUGAAAUACAUUCAAAAAAUUUGUCUCAACCAUCCCCUACUGUGCCCGAGUUUACUCCGACGAAAAGGGAUGGGCAUAUUAAUAUAAAUGCAUUUAUACAAGAAGCUAGGGAUUUGAAGCAUACUGCUAGCCGCUUAAAG